AUGUAUUCGGAAGAGGAUAUAAAUCAUGAGGAAUCUCCAAGUCUUGACACCCUGAAACAAAAGUUUGAUCGACUAUGCGAAACUUCAAAAUUUCAAAAUUUUGCUGCCGUGUCUGUUGUGACAUUUAUUGGAUUUUCACAGAAUGACACGACUUCAAAAAUAAGUUCAAUCGCUAAUACCAUUAUUGAAAAGAAUGUGUUUGGACAACCGGUUUGUUGCAUUAAAAACUGUAAUUGUCGAUUUAGCAAAGCAACUUUAUUGGCAACAAAUGGUAAAAAUCAUUGUUUAUGGAUGUAUUGCGAUCUGUCAAAAAAUACGAUAUAUCUUUUAAUGGAUUCAGUAAAUAACUCUGAAAUGCUUUUGCAAUUAUCGCAAGAGGUUCAACCUAAUAUUGAAAAUGAGCAAGAAUUUCAAAGUUAUAUCUGGAAAGACGAGCAUGUUUGCUUACGAAUGUUAGUGUUCGCAUUUAUGUUGUCUCAUGUGGUGGUGUUGGCUCAGCCAAUAUCCAAAUUGGAUUCCAACAUGGUUUCCUUGCUUCGGACCAUGUCUUCA